AUGAAUCCUACUUAUCUACCGCAUCACGGCGUAUUGCACGAAUCUAGUCUCACAACGAAGUUACGCGUAGUGUUCGAUGGGUCGGUCAGAACUACGGCGGGAAUCUCACUAAACGAUACUUUAAUGAUCGGAGCGCGAUUACAAGAUAAUUUAAUUGAUAUCAUGUUACGAUUUAGAUUGCAUGCCAUUGCAAUCACAGCCGAUUUGAAAAAAAUGUAUAGACAAAUUUUGGUCCACGAAGCCGAUAGAGAUUAUCAAAGGAUUCUGUGGCGGUCGUCGGUGGGCGAACCUAUACGAGAAUUUCGGUUAAACACCGUGACAUACGGAUUAUCGUGUGCUCCGUUUUUGGCCGUGCGUUGCGUGAGACAUUUGGCAAGUAACGCGGACGAUCGAUUGAUGCAAGCGUCUCAAGUCUUACUCAAUGAUUUAUACGUGGAUGAUAUAUUAACCGGUGUUAGUUCAGUUGACGAGGCAACCGAUUUGAUUAAGCAAUUAAAGGAACUGUUAAAUGAUGGAGGAUUUGAACCACAUAAGUGGCGAUCAAAUUAUAAAGAAAUUUUACAUGAAUUGCACUCUAGUGAACAGAUCGAAGAAUCGUUGACUGUCGCGAGCGAUGUAAAUGAGACAAAUAUAAAAACAUUGGGUUUGACUUGGCAGCCCGAGCGAGACGUGUUUGAGUUUUCUGUCAAUUCCAUAACAAGGUCGAGUAAAACGAAAAGAGAGGUUCUAUCUGCAAUAUCGCGGUUGUUCGAUCCAUUGGGAUUGAUAAGCCCUAUACUAAUUAGAGCAAAAUUAAUUAUGCAAGGAACUUGGGCCGCAAAUUUGAAAUGGGACGAUUUACUAACCGACAAGCUUUAUAGGGCAUGGAUUGAAUAUACUGAUGAUUUAAAUGAUAUUAAUACGAUCCAAGUUCCUCGUAGAAUCAUUGCGAGUGCGAGUGCGAGGCGAUUCUAUUUACAGGGGUUUUGCGACGCCUCAAUGAAAGCGUACGGUGCGUGCGUAUACUUGCAAACGAUGGACAACCAUAACAAGGGUAGAUCGAUAUUAAUUUGCUCGAAAUCUCGAGUCGCACCGAUCAAAAGCAAGACAACGACCCUGCCGAGACUUGAGCUUUGCGGCGCGGUUGUUUUAGUACGAUUGUUGAAACAUGUAUGCGAGGCGCUUAAAAUUGAAGUCAGUGGAAUGUAUGCAUGGAGCGAUUCAAUGAUUGUGUUGGCAUGGAUAGCGGGCGAUCCGUCUCGCCAGAAAACUUUUGUUGCGAAUCGAGUCGCUGAGAUUCAAACGAUUGUCGCGUCAAGUAAUUGGUAUCAUGUCAAGAGUGAGCACAAUCCUGCCGAUCUGAUUUCACGAGGUACAAGUUUACGAGAAUUAAAGGAGUCAAGUCUUUGGUGGGAAGGUCCUAAAAUUUUGUCAGAAUUUUUUGAGAAUAUAAGGGGAUCAAAUCGAUUGCUAACUUGUUCACAAACGGAAACAGAAUUUAUUGAAUCAGAGCAAAAGAAGGAAAUCCAAGUCUUUUUAAUAGUUGACUCAAAGCAAUUAAUUUUACAAUUAUUAAAUAACCAUUCUUGUUUAACGAAACUCGAGCGUAUUUUAGCGUGGAUUUUUAGAUUUAUAUGGAAUUGUAAAACCAAAAGGGAAACCCGGAAUGUGGGAAAUCUAUCACUGCAGGAAAUUCACAAGGUAAAUUUAUUAAUAAUUAUCGAGAUCCAAAGGCUCCAUUUCGUGACCGAGGUGUCAGACCUCAAGGCAAAAAGGCAAAUCAGAUUGACAAGCAAAUUGUCGCUACUUAGUCCGUUUAUUGAUGAAACAGGACUCCUCAGGGUGGGCGGUCGAAUUCGUAAUUCGUUGACCGCAUUCGACACAAAACAUCCGAUUAUACUACCAGCCGAGAGCACUUUUACAAAAUUAUUAUUCAAGCGAGAGCAUCGUAGGCUAUUACAUGCAGGACCGCAAACAUUGUUAUAUGCAAUUCGCGAAAAGUAUUGGCCUCUCCGAGGAAAGAAUCUAGCGAGGAAAGUUGUACAUGAGUGUAUGACUUGCUUCAGAAAUAAUCCGAAACCACUAUCACAGGUAAUGGGACAAUUACCAGCAGAUCGGGUAAUUCCUAGACGUCCAUUUUAUGUAACAGGAAUAGAUUUCGCCGGACCCAUUGUAACGUUAGUCAACCGAGGUCGUGGCCGAAAGACAAACAAGUCAUACAUCUCAUUAUUUAUUUGUUUCUCAACGAAGGCGAUACACCUUGAGGCAGUGAGCGAUCUUAGUUCGAAUGCGUUUAUAGCGGCACUUAGAAGAUUUGCAGGACGACGAGGUUGUCCACAGCGGAUAUAUUGUGAUAACGCGACUAAUUUUGUAGGAGCGCGAAAUGAGUUAAACGAAGUUCAACAAUUCAUUACCAGGGAGACUGAAACAAUAAGCAACGAAUUCUGCAUUCCAAGCGGAAUUGAGUGGAAGUUCAUUCCACCCUCGUCACCUCAUAUGGGAGGUCUGUGGGAGGCAGGAGUGAAAUCUUGUAAAUUUCACCUAAAACGCAUCAUGGGUUCUGCACUUUUAACUUUCGAAGAAUUAGCUACCGUAUUAAUACAAAUUGAGGCUUGUUUAAAUUCAAGGCCUAUAUGUCAGCUACCGUCCACUCCCACAGACUUACAACCAUUGACUCCGGGUCAUUUUCUUGUCGGUGAAUCAUUAACAGCCAUUCCGGAAGUAGAUCUAAACGACGUACCGAUAAACAGAUUAGAUCGUUGGCAAUUAUCUCAAAAAUUAUUGCAAGAUUUUUGGCGCCGUUGGAGUGCGGAAUAUUUAACUUCGCUGCAGGGCAAAACUAAAUGGAAAACAGAAAAACCGAAUAUCGCGAUUAAUGACAUUGUUCUGAUACAAGAGCCCAAUUUGCCACCGUUGAAAUGGAAAAUAGGAAGGGUAAUCGAAACCCAUAAAGGUAUCGACGACAAGGUUCGAGUUGUAACUCUGAAAACCGCAACCGGAUAUCUCAAGCGAGCAAUAAAUAGGCUGUGCAAACUACCGACAAGCGAUUCAAUACCAUAA